GACUCGGCCUUGUGUCGCGGCGACAGCUCACAUUUACGGCUCCGCUCCGCUCGACUUUACCCCCAAAACCACACUUUCCGCGUGACCCAUUUCUAUUUUGCCGUUUAUUAAUCCCAAAUUUAGAAAAUAUUUUACGUUUGCUCCACUGCUCUGCCUCUUCUAAAGAACGGAGGAUCUUUUUUAGUCUCUGCAAAUUUUUGAUCAUUCAUUCAUAUACAUACAUACUGUAUUCGUAUAGACAUGGCUGGCGGCUACAGUAGAGCUGAUGAUGACUAUGAUUACCUCUGCAAGGUGGUGCUCAUAGGCGACUCCGGUGUCGGCAAGUCCAAUCUGCUCUCUCGAUUCACUCGGAACGAGUUUAACCUCGAGUCAAAGUCCACCAUUGGCGUCGAGUUCGCUACCCGCAGUAUCCGGGUCGACGACAAGGUCGUCAAGGCUCAGAUUUGGGACACCGCCGGCCAGGAAAGGUACCGUGCCAUUACAAGUGCGUACUACCGAGGGGCUGUUGGUGCAUUGCUUGUAUAUGAUGUUACCCGUCAUGUCACAUUUGAAAACGUUGCUAGAUGGUUAAAAGAGCUCAGAGAUCACACAGACCAGAACAUUGUGAUUAUGCUGGUGGGAAAUAAGGCGGACUUGCGCCACUUGCGCGCUGUUUCAACUGAGGAUGCGACGGCCUUUGCUGAAAGGGAGAGCACCUUCUUCAUGGAAACAUCGGCCCUCGAGUCCCUGAACGUUGAGAACGCCUUCACAGAAGUGCUAACCCAGAUAUACCAUGUGAUCAGUCGGAAAGCACUCGAGGUUGGGGAUGACCCGGCAGCCUUGCCAAAGGGGCAAACCAUAAGCGUCGGAGGGAAGGAUGAUGUUUCGGCCGUAAAGAAAGUUAAUUGCUGCUCUGUCUGAAUUUACAGGUCUGCAUUAUUGCCCUCUAGCUCAAACUCCAAAAACUCGGCUACAUUCCAGUUAAUACAUCUGAUGUAGUUGCCUUAUUAUCAUUUUAUUAUGUUUUUUGAACUGCUUGUGAAAUGUAGUUUUGCACUUCAUAGAGAAUUGCAGCAUAGUCUCAAUCCCUUUUGCAGUGGAUGAUGUUUUUACUCCAUUUGUGUAUUGUUUCAUUUGUAUAUCUGCUCAUUCA